GUUAGUUUCAUUGUGGCCCUGCAAAGACAACACCAUCAUCCUCAACAUCUACGGCGAGUGAGACUGCAAUUAGAUCGCAAAGGAUUUGUGUAGACUAAUAGGCUUUUAUUGUUACAAAAAGAAGCAUCUCAUGUACAACUGCAAUGGAAUACAUUCUUCCGGUUAAUUAGAAGCCUUCGAAUUGGGCCUCUGUUUUUGCGGUGCACAAAGCAAUGUGGAGCAAAUAAAGAUCCUGACACGCUGAAACCAGAGAAUAUAGAUAAUGGGCUGUGUGCAAUGCAAGGAUAAAGAAGCAACAAAACUCACAGACGACCGAGACACUAGUAUCUCCCAGAGUGCUGCGGGGUAUCGCUAUGGCGCCGACCCGACACCACAGCAUCAGCACUACCCCAAUUUCGGGGUCACCGCCAUCCCCAACUUUAACAACUUCCAGUCGCCCGUCAGCCAAGGGAUGACCGUCUUCGGAGGGGUCAGUACCUCAUCCAACACAGGGACCCUGCGAACCCGUGGAGGAACAGGAGUCACCCUCUUCGUGGCACUAUAUGACUAUGAGGCACGGACGGAGGAUGACCUGAGCUUCAGGAAAGGGGAGAAGUUUCAGAUUAUCAACAGCACUGAAGGGGAUUGGUGGGAUGCCCGCUCUCUCACCACCGGGGGAAACGGCUACAUUCCCAGUAAUUACGUGGCUCCAGUGGACUCCAUCCAAGCUGAGGACUGGUACUUUGGGAAGCUGGGCAGGAAGGAUGCUGAGCGACAGCUGCUGUUUACUGGAAACCCCCGUGGCACCUUUCUCAUCAGGGAGAGCGAGACCACAAAAGGGGCCUUCUCGCUGUCCAUACGGGACUGGGACGACGUGAAGGGAGACCACGUCAAGCAUUACAAGAUCCGUAAACUGGACAGUGGAGGAUACUACAUCACCACCAGAGCUCAGUUUGAAACCCUGCAGCAGCUUGUGCAGCACUACUCAGAGCGGGCCGCGGGGCUAUGCUGUCGCUUGGUGGUGCCUUGUCACAAAGGGAUGCCACGCCUCACAGACCUGUCCGUCAAAACCAAAGAUGUGUGGGAGAUCCCGCGGGAAUCGCUGCAGCUCAUCAAGCGUCUGGGGAAUGGGCAGUUUGGGGAGGUCUGGAUGGAGAGUGCGGAUGGUUUGUGCUUUAAUUUUACGUGCGUGUGUGUGCACCACACCCCUGAAACUCUGGGCCUGGCUCACGAUGACUGGGAGAUCGCCAGGGACUCACUUGAGUUCCAAGUGAAGCUGGGGGCGGGAUGUUUUGCUGAAGUGUGGUGUGGAACAUGGAACGGCACCACCAAGGUGGCGGUGAAGACCCUGAAGCCAGGCACCAUGUCUCCUGAGUCCUUCCUGGAGGAAGCCCAGAUCAUGAAGAAGCUCCGCCAUGACAAGCUGGUGCAGCUGUACGCUGUGGUGUCUGAGGAACCCAUCUACAUCGUCACUGAGUACAUGGGCAAAGGAAGCCUCCUGGAUUUCCUGAAGGACGGGGAGGGACGUGGACUAAAGCUGCCCAAUCUGGUUGACAUGGCAGCCCAGGUGGCGGCUGGAAUGGCGUACAUCGAAAGGAUGAACUACAUUCACAGAGAUCUGCGCUCAGCCAACAUCCUGGUCGGGGACAACCUGGUGUGUAAGAUUGCCGACUUCGGUUUAGCCAGGCUGAUCGAGGACAAUGAGUACACCGCACGGCAAGGCGCCAAGUUCCCCAUUAAAUGGACGGCCCCGGAGGCUGCACUGUACGGGAAGUUCACCAUCAAGUCGGACGUCUGGUCGUUCGGCAUCCUGCUCACCGAGCUGGUCACCAAGGGACGGGUCCCUUAUCCUGGGAUGAACAACCGGGAGGUGUUGGAGCAGGUGGAGCGAGGAUACCGGAUGCCCUGCCCCCAGGACUGCCCCAUCUCCCUCCACGAGCUCAUGGUACAGUGCUGGAAGAAGGAUGCCGAGGAGAGGCCCACCUUUGAGUACCUGCAGGCCUUUCUGGAGGACUACUUCACAGCCACCGAGCCACAGUACCAGCCUGGGGACAACCUCUAGACACGCAGCUCUGGGCUGGAGCGGGACCAGACCGUAGCUCUCGAAGAUCCACCAGGGACCUGAACAUCCUCUGCAGCUCAACAGAGCCUCUUGUAUCCACUCCCCUCCAACUCCUAACACUCCCAAUGCUUUUCGUGGCUAACCAUGAGACAGACUCAACUGACCGGAUACCACAGAUUGUGCGUGUGUGUGUGUGUGUGUGUGUGUGAGAAAGGGAGGGAGGGAAGGGGGCGGUCU